ACAGUAAAAUAUGCCGUGAUAAAACACGAAUAUGUAUAGUUCUUCAUAAUAACCCAGUGGCAGGAACAAGCAGAAAAUCAGACUAUCCACUACCAUGAAUUGAACUGCCUUUAUUCGUCAAUCAGGAUAAUGUUUCCAUACUUAGUAUGUCAUGUUACGUGGAAAAAGUGAUUGAGUGGUUCAUCUUUCAAGAUCCAUGACUGACAUUUAGGUUGAUAGCUCCUAAUAUAAAUAAAAUGAGCAUCAAAGGAGGAAGUAUCUUGUUGAUUUCAUCCGUUCGUUAGUGGUAAUGAUGAAAAUAAAAACAAAAUAUCGCUCUUUGGCUCACUGGUGCCGUAUGAACAAACUGAAAUGGUCAUCAUUAGUCAUUUUAUGGAUGAUUUUGGUACUCAUUUUUUACUUCAUGUCAGAGCUAGAAGAAAGACCCAGGGCAACUCCCAAUUCCAGAUUAAAUUGCCAAGAAGUCUCAACGCUUCAUCGAAAAGAACUUUUCGCUCUGCUUGCGACCACCACGCGUCUCUUGGACCAGCUUCGCAUCAAUCACUUUUUGUGUUUUAAAUCCCUGUGGUCGGCUGUACUAGAGUCUGGGCCUUUCCCCUGGGAAAUCAACGCCCACUUAUGCACGCUUAACAAUCCUGGUAAUGACUACGAUGAGCCAACGUUGUUGAGGACUUUUAGGAAGGCCAAUCUUAACCUUGACUAUAGCUCUGCCGAAGCCAGAUACGUCAUUAGCAACAUGAGCCUGCCUGGCGGGUCGCCAACUGUGCAGGUAACAGUUUUUGAAGAGGAUCCUCGUGUAGGAGCGAACAUAUACAGAAGAGUUGGCUGGAAGAGACGACUUUUGCCGCCGAACUGCGACUCCCACAGCAGCUUGCAGUGCUUCCCAGCGUCGCUCGUGGCGCUUCCGCUGCCCUUAAGGACUUACGGGCCACUGAGACUGCCAGCUCCUCGAGACAACAUGGAACUGCUGAAGUUUCACUACCCAGACAUUUGGCAUAAGCCUCCUACAUGCUGAAAUGUCUGCUGAAGUUUCACAACGCAGACAUUUGUCAUACGCUCCCUACUUGUUGAAGAAUCAUUUCUGCUGCUGAAGUUUCACUCCCCAGACAUUUGGUAUAAGCCUCCUACAUGCUGAAAUGUCAGCGCUUCUGCUGAAGUUUCACAACGCAGACAUUUGUCAUACGCUCCUUACUUGUUGAAGAAUCGUUUCUGCUGCUGAAAUUCCACUACCCAGACAUUUGCAUAAGCCUCCUAUUCGCUAAACUAUCAGUGCUGCUGCUGCUUCAUUACUCUGACAUCUAGCAUACGCUUCCAUCCUACCGAACCAUCAGUACGCGAUUGAUGACAUGAAAAAUAUUCAUAGGAGGAAAUAAUGCUUGAGUAAUAUUCAUUUCUCAAGCAAAACAUUUGGUCAGCACUCUAAUAGUUCUUCAGCGGAUUGAAUUGUGUCCAACAUUGUGAGCACUUCUUUAAGCUGCAGUGCAAGGUAAUUACUAUCAGCGCAAAACUUAUCUGUUAGUU